AUGGUGGGUCGUCCUAGCUUAGAUGUUCCUCUGCUAUAUAUCAUCCUACUUGCUUUGAUAACCUUGAUGAUGGGCCCUCGAGCGUUGGUAUUGGCAGCUCUUCUAUGGUUCAUGGCUACUGGCAACCCUGGCAUGGGUGGAGCUCCAGGCUCGUAUCAGCAAUAG